AUGUACUCUGUGAGUAGGAGGAUGUCGAUGCAAACAAACCUGUUCAUCAACGGCGAAUACGUGCCUUCCUCAAGCGGCGAGACAAUUACCAUCCACAGUCCGAGCGAUGACUCCCUAGUAAGCGACAAAGUACAAAUAGCUGGCGAAGCAGAAGUCGACAGUGCUGUCCGAGCAGCCAAAGCAGCCUUCCCAGCAUGGCGAGACACAGCAGCAGCCAAACGAGCAGCGAUCAUGUUGAAGUUUGCCGACCUUCUGGAGCAAAACGCCGAGCGUCUUGGUAAGCUAGAGUCGGCCGCCAUGGGACAACCAAUCUCUGUGGCGAAAGCUUUCGUGGCAGGCGCAGUGGGUAUCUGGCGAUACUAUGCUGGUUAUGCGGGCAAGGUUGCAGGGGAAUCUUUCAGUCCAGAAGCUGACGGUACGUACAAGAUUGUGCAGUACGAGCCCCUGGGCGUCUGUGCUGGGAUAUGCGCGUGGAAUGGUAGCCACGUUCUGGCAGCAUGGAAGAUGGGUCCUGCCAUGGCUACUGGCAACACGUUUAUCCUAAAGUCGUCCGAGAAGUCGCCGCUGUCUCUCGCAGCAUACGGCGAUCUCGUCAACGAGGCUGGUUUCCCACCAGGCGUUAUCAACAUCGUCAGCGGCGCGGGAUCAACAGGAUCGUUACUUGCCAACCAUAUGCAGAUCGCCAAGAUCGCUUUCACUGGAUCCGCCACAGCUGGACGAGCAGUCAUGGCAGCCUCCGCGAAGUCAAACCUGAAGCAUGUCUCGCUUGAGCUGGGUGGAAAGUCACCGGCCCUCAUCUUCGACGAUGCCGAUCUGGACAACGCUGUAGCAAACAACAGCGAUGCUUUCCUCCGUAACUCUGGUCAGAUCUGUUUCGCCGCUUCCCGCGUGCUCGUGCAAGAGGGCAUAGCUCCCAAGUUCAUCGAAGCCAUAAAAGUAGCCUUUGAGAAGGCAGGUGAGAAAAUGGGAGACCCGUCGCUCAAGGAAACUAUGUUCGGUCCUCUGGCAGACAAGAAGCAGUUCGAGCGAGUCAUGAGCUUCCUGGACGAGGGCCGUAAGGAAGGACUUGAGUAUCUCACCGGCGGUAGUCGGAAAGGAGACAAGGGCACUUUUGUGCAGCCGACCAUAAUCCUGAAGCCUGAUGUGAAGAGCAAAGUGUUCACCGACGAGAUCUUUGGUCCUGUGAUCGUGCUCCGCACCUUCAAGACCGAAGAGGAAGCCAUCGAGCUCGCUAAUGACACUACCUAUGGGCUAGGAUCUACCCUCUACACAGCCGACAUUGGCCGAGCUCUGCGAGUCGCAAGCAAGAUCGAAGCAGGCACAGUCGGCAUCAACUCUGCUUUCUCCACAUCUGUCCAGACGCCGUUCGGCGGCUUCAAGCAGAGUGGUAUUGGUCGUGAAAGUGGUAAGGAGGCGCUGAGCGAGUAUGUGCAGCCGAAGACGAUCCACAUCAACAUCAACCUGAAGCCAAAGGCAAACCUGUGA